UCAGUAUAUCUGGAUCAGAGGGCCCAUAAUCAGUCUUUUCUUUGAGUGGGUAACUUGUAACCUCUCAGACUUGGACUCUUUGCCCAAGAGAACCCAUAAUGUUUAGAGUAACCGGAACUCUCUCGGCGGCAUCAUCUCCAGCGGUGGCGGCGGUGUCUAUCUCCGCCGCUCUAAGACUCUCCAUCACUCCCACUCUCGCUAUCGUCUCUCCUCCUCAUCUCCGUUGGUUCUCCACGUUUUCUCGUCAAUUUCUCGGCGGAGGCAUCUCUUCACUCCGACCACGCAUUCCUUCUCCGUGCCCGAUUCGACUCUCUGGUUUCUCGGCUCUCAAAAUGAGAGCUUCGUUUAGCAGUGGGAGUAGUGCAAGUAGAGAGAUUCUGGUGCAGCAUUUGCUUGUUAAGGAUGAUGAUAUUGAGCUCUUUGCUGAACUCCAAAAGAGAAUCUUGGAAGGAGAGGAGAUGAGUGAUCUUGCGGCUGAGUACUCGAUUUGUCCAUCCAAAAAGGACGGUGGUAUACUUGGAUGGGUAAAACUGGGUCAAAUGGUACCAGAGUUUGAGGAAGCUGCGUUUAAAGCAGAGCCGAAUCAGGUGGUGAGGUGUAGAACCCAAUUUGGCUUGCACUUAUUGCAAGUUCUAUCUGAGAGAGAACCGGUGAAAGAUAUCCAGGUAGAGGAGCUACAUUCCAAAAUGCAAGAUCCAGUUUUCAUGGAUGAGGCUCAGUUAAUUGAUGUUAGAGAACCCGACGAGAUAGCCAUUGCAUCCUUGCCAGGAUUCCAAGUGUUCCCGCUCCGCCAAUUCGGAACCUGGGCACCAGACAUCACUUCAAAGCUGAACCCUGAGAAGGAUACAUUUGUCUUGUGUAAGGCUGGUGGCAGGUCGAUGCAGGUUGCCAACUGGUUACAGUCUCAGGGCUUCAAGAGUGUGUACAACAUCGCUGGUGGAAUACAAGCCUAUUCUCUCAAGGUUGACCCAUCAAUUCCUACUUACUGAAAUUGAGCAUCUUAGUAUUAUUUGGCUCUUUUUCUUGUAUCCUAAAAUUCCAAAUAACAUUGCAAAUCAUAUUUUCAAUAAACUAUAGUUUAUAAGGUUCAUUUUAGACAAUAUGGAUAACGUUUAGAAUAUACUAAAGGCAAGUCCGAAAUUCUCCAGGAAAUGCUCUGAACCUUUUGUAAUAAAUCCUAAAAUAAAAUAAAUAAAAUUUGCUUUAAAUAACAAAAAAAA